AAGUGCAAACCUAUAAAUUGAAAACCCUACAGGUGGAGGCAGGAGAGAAAUAUGCCGUUGGGAAAGUAUCACUGUGACUAUUGUGACAAGGAAUUUCAGGACAGUCCUUUCGCUAGAAAACGCCAUCUUCAAGGUCUUCAACACCUUAGAGCUAAAGCUCUCUGGUACGACUCCUUUAAAGACACAAAUCAAGUUUACACAGAAGGUUUCGGAAAUGGUGUCUGUAACCGCUUCGUUAAAACUGGAAUUUGCCAAUAUGGGGAUUCUUGUAAGUAUUUUCAUCCAAAGACCACGGUGCAAAAUUUGAACAAUUCUCAAGGGAGGUCGGGUAAAAAUUGUUUCGCUGGUAGUAAUCAGUCACCGAUAUUUCAAGGAAAUCAAAUUAUUGGAAGCAACUCUAUGUCUGCGAGGGCAGGAGUUAUGCUUCAGAACAACAAACAAGACAAAGGAAAGGCUAGCAAACAAUACACACAUUGCCGUCAAAAUUAGUAUGUCUGUACCAAUUCUCUCAUGGCUUAAGCUCCUUACCAUCACAAGUCUCUCCCACACAUCAGACCCAUCUGGCAAGUGCGGGCACUUGCAAUCUUCUCGACAUUCUCCUCUAGUGCAAUAGAAACUGAUUGAAGUCAGUGCAUUCAUUGCAUAUUGGAAUGGGUUUGUCCAAUACAUCCAUCGGUAGAACUUGAUAUCUGAUAGCACAACGACGACCCCGGAAACUGAGACCCAUAGCGAGGUCAAAAUAGAUACAGAAAAGGCUGCCAAAGUGGGCACCGAGGCUAGGAAAGUGAUCAUCAUACCAAAAUAUGUUACACAUAGUGUGAACAAGAAGAGAACCAACCAGUACAUUAGGAAUUCAGUGAGAGAUCUUGUUCCAAUACCAGCCAUGGCAUUUCCGAUUCCGACAACAACAAGUGUUGCAAAGAAAAAGUAAGGAAUUUCACUGACUGCCCAUGAUAAGGGAUAGAAGAUUGGAAGGUACAUUCCUGCUCUUUUCUCUCGUAAGUAUAUAAAUUUGUCUGAGCCGAGCUGAGGAAUGACAUUGUUGGCUGAGAUCACUCCCAGGAGUAUAACUUGCAUGUAGAUGUAUAGUGACCGAGAGGUUACACCAUUUGUGUCUUUAAAUUCAAUUUGGAAGUAUAAGGAACCCAUGAUGAGGCCAAUCGUCACGCAACCUGUAAGCCUACCGUAUGUGUAGUGAACAUUCCUCCAUAGGAAUCUUUGUGUUCUCAGCAAUACCAAAAAGGCUUGUCGUGAAUAUGGUGCUGUAUAUCCAGAAGACUUGUCAACCUUUGGACUGUUUUCCAACAACUUCUUUAUAUCUGAAAUUUCUUUACGGUUGACCUCAUGUAAUGAGCUUGUUUUGUAUGCCUCUGCUAAAUUCAGCAAUUGCGUGCUUCUCUUUUUAACUCCUAAGCCUAGAGUUGCCAUUACAAAUGUGAUUGGACUUUCUCUUUUGAAGUAACGAGGGGCUUCUGGGAUUGAUGUAACAUAAUCUAGCAAUUGGUGGCUGUUAUGUCCAACUGGCCCAAAAUAUGCUUGGUCCCCUUCCUCUGCUAGAAUGAGAACUUGGUUGAAAAAGGAGAGCACACGUGCAGUAGGGUGCGAUAGAGAGGCUAUAACUGCUCGACCUGAAUCUGACACUUGAGAGAGAGUUCUGAGGAUGUUUAAAGCUCCUGUGGUAUCAAGGCUGCUAAUGGGUUCUUCCAGAAGGAGAACACUUGGGUUUGCAGCCAACUCAACUGCAAUGGUGAUCUUUUUGGCUAUUUCAUAUGUCUUUCCAGUGGCGUCACGAAGAGAACCAACAAGUUUGUUGGAAUAUGGCAGUAAACCAAGUUGGUUCAGUACCAGUUCAACAUGGACGCAACGGCUCAUGGGGCUGAUAGCUUGGUCAAGACGGAGUGCAGCACUGAAUUGAAGUGAUUCACGGACAGAGAGAUAAGGUUGAUGUGCAUCAAGCCUCUCUACGUAGCCUAUUAUUUUAGAGAAUGUAGUUCUAGCCUUGGAACUGUGUGCCUGAAUGUUGCCUCUGAAGCUUCCAGCUAGAGGUAUUCUUCCAGCUAGGCAUUCCAAAAGUGUGCCUUUACUUCUCGUGGAGCCACCUAAUAAAGCUAGCAUGUUUCUGGAUCUAGUGUAGCCUGUGACAUAGUUGAAAAUUGAUGUGCUCUGUUUUGUUUUCUCAUCAUACCUGUUGCAUGAAUCCAUUGUUUUAUUAGAAAAGAUUGUACUAUAAUUAUUGAACUACAAAUGCAAUUGGGCAAUUGUUUUUCUCUCUA